GUCAAGAGACUCAAGACUAGUAACCUCGAAGGAGCUCAGCUGCACCUCUCUCUCUCUCUCUCUCUCUCCUUCCAUGGCGGCUACUAGAAGAAUUUCGAAUAUGUUCUUCAAGCUCGUAUCAUCGCCUAAUCCUGUCGUUUCCCCAGCUCGUCUAAUCUUCCAUCGAGGACUCGCUUCCACGCUCUUCGUCAAAGGUAUAGCUUUUGCCACCACUCAAGACAGGCUAGUAGAAGCAUUUUCAAAGUUCGGUCAAGUUGAAGAAGCUAAAAUAAUCAUGGAUAGAGUGAAAAAUAGAUCGAAAGGUUAUGGAUAUGUGACCUUUGCUGUGGAGGAGGAUGCCCGGAAAGCCUUGAUUGACAUGAAUGGGAAGUUGCUAGAUGGGCGUGUAGUGUUUGUGGACAUGGCGAGGACACGAAGAAAGGUUGCUGAUUCCGUUCCAAAAGCCAGGGCACCUCCUUAACCUUCCAUUAAUGAUUGACUCCAUUCUUCCUCUGUGAAUAUGUCCAAUGUAGUUAGAGAACCGAGGCAUCAUUUAGUCAAUGUACUCAGUGUUACUUGGUCUUAUACUGUUCACUAUUUUGCCUGACCUUUUUUCAUUUGAAUGUGGCUUGCAAAUGUACUUCCUGUUGCUUCACAAGCAUGUCAUUUGCUUACGGCACGUGAUUUUGUUCGUCA